UCGCUCCUCUUUCUGGAAGGUCACGUGCUGUGUGUCUGCCCGCAGGUCCUCCAGCUCUACCAGAUCACCCAGAUCAACCACGGCCUGAUGAUGGUGGGGCCCUCGGGGAGCGGGAAGAGCAUGGCCUGGCGCGUUCUUCUCAAGGCUUUGGAGAGACUCGAGGGGGUGGAAGGCGUGGCCCACAUCAUCGACCCCAAGGCCAUCAGCAAAGACCACCUGUACGGGACCCUGGACCCCAACACCAGGGAAUGGACCGAUGGGCUGUUCACACAUGUCCUGAGAAAGAUCAUCGACAACGUGCGGGGCGAGCUGCAGAAGCGCCAGUGGGUCAUCUUCGACGGCGACGUGGACCCAGAGUGGGUGGAGAACCUGAACUCGGUGCUGGAUGACAACAAGCUCCUGACUCUGCCCAAUGGCGAGCGCCUCAGCCUCCCACCCAAUGUAAGCACUUCCUCUGUCGCGGCCCGUCCCAUCCCAACUGCAGACCGAGUGCCCGCAGAGCCCGGCCCUGGAGACGCUUCCGGGGGGAGCAGCUG